UUUAUUAAACAGCAUAAUGAAUAGGGGUCUUUGUCCUGUCUGAUAUACCAACCAUGUCUCCUCUCAAGCUAAGCUAAAAUGAGGGUUCCAGGUAUGAACCCAGUGCUUGGUAAGCUGGAUAGAGAGUAAAGCAACUGUAGAAUUCGUCCCAAAAUUUGUUAACAAAUUUGAAAGAGAUGCUGCCAAAUCUGAGCUUAUUCCUUGAAUCAAUGUAGAGUGCGAAAAGAAUUUAGAAGGAAAUCAUCUUGACGAAAAGGCAGGUCAAAAGCAUACUCUGGGUUACAAAGAAUGAUUUGAAUUCCUCCAGAUCUCUCAGAAUCAAGACUCAUCCGAGAGAUUUUCGCUUUGAAUGCUAAAUCUGAUUACCAUAAAUGAGAAGGACUUUAGAAAAUGCCCAAAAUCAGACUGAGAUUACAUAGGAACUCUUGAUCUGAAGCCAAGUAGGCAGCUACUUUCAUGCGAGAAAUGAAAUUUCGAAUGGUCAGAUCCUGCUUUGUAUCCAUUUUGUAAAAGGUUUAUUCUGAAGGUUCAAAACUGUUUCUCUUAUAAUUCUGAUACUAUCAAUAACCUUCAGAAAGUUCUGAAGGGAGAGCCUUGACCCAACUGUGGAAUUUGUAUUAUCAAGCUCGAUGGAUGAAACCAUAUGGUUUGUGGCAAAUGCAACUAUGAGUUCUGCUGGGAUUGUCUGGGGCAUUAUCCUAACUACAACCAUGCAGAGUUUACUUUCUGACCAAUAAGGAAGCUAUUGAUGCAUGCUUUUAUAGUUUAUUUCUUGUUCCAGUCUAUUAAUGGGAAAAUCUGUAUGCUUUCUGAUACAAUAACCCAAUACGAAGUUUCCUUUUUUGAUUGGGUGGUUCUCUUAAUUGCUGCUAAUAUCUAUGCUGGUAUUGGACUGAUGUUCUUUUUAUUGCUAUCCGAGACAAUGAACUAUUAUAGUAUGAUGGGAGAUUUCGAUGAGUGGGCGAUUUCUUGAAAAACAAAAUUCUGUUGGUAUCUCAUUUAUUCUUUUGUCUAUUUAGCGAGUUACGCAUCUUGGAGUGUAGUUCUUUUCAUACAUUCAGAAUACUUUUGGUCAAUGCUAAAGUGCCUCUGAGCAGAAGCUGUAAUUUUAAUCAUUUUGUUAUUGCUAGUAGCGAUUGUGCUCUGUUUUGUAUCUGUGUAUAAAGGAGCUUUUGGUCAGGCCCAAGAGACUGCUCAACCUCAAGAAUAUUACCAGAAUUAUGAUAGCGUCAACGGCUAUAAUUCAUUAGCUCUUUAUCAUCCAUCAUUUGAAGAACCAUUAAUUCCAAGCUCUGUAGAAAAUAGAGAAGAAGAGAAAAGACUAGAAGAUAGACUUGAUUAUGAAGGGUUAUCUCCAAAACAAGACAUUAAGAAGCUAGAAUUGGCAGAUCUUGAAGCAAAAAUUCAAACUAUAAUAGAAAUAACUCAAAAAAUGUCUGAAGAAAAUGAUAGACCUCUUCAUGAUGGUAUGAACAGAGAUAUAUCAGAAACUAUAUAAGUCAAUCUCAUCGUCAACGCUUUCAAUAU